CCUCCGACUCUGCUGCACACAUCCUGUCUGAGAGGGAGAGGCAAAGGAGGAAGAGUCAACAGAAGGGACUUGGGAGUCAAGUUUAGCCAACUUUUACGCUUUUUGUUCUUUGUCUUUUUUGGAAAAACUUAGAUUUUCCUGUUGAUUUUUCCAUUUUUCCCCCCACAGGCUGAUGGUAUUUUUUGCGAAUGUAAACCAAAGCUUAUUAUGAAGCUUGUGGGAGCUGAAGUAAAGGUGCGCCUGAAGGGAAAUGCUUUAACAUUGGAUUUUUGGUGGCACCUUAAUUAAAUAAAAAAAGACUAUAGUUUUAAAGUUAUAGCCUGGUACCGUAGCGUCACUGGAGGCGUUUGGCGAAGGGACGUCAGUCCAGUGCCAAGUUGCUGAAGAAGAGAAAGAAGUUCUCCGCAUGAAGCGCUGGAUAUAUGAGAACUAAAACAAGAAGAAGUCACUAAGAAUAUCAUCUGGAUUUCGUGAUGUACAUGUGAAAGUUUCCCCGAUCCGAAUUGAUUUUGUUCGGACAGGGGGAGACUUUAAUGGAUUUUUUAUGUGGGACCCGCUAGGAUGGACGUGGUAGAUGAAACAGAAGCGUUACAGAGAUUUUUUGAAGGUCAUGAUAUUACCACUUCUCUGGAGCCAGUCAACAUCGACACCAGUAUCCUGGAAGAGUACAUCAGCAAGGAGGACGAUAGCACUGACAUCUGUUUCUCAGAGGUCCACAGCGCUCCAGGACCAAAUUACUCAUCUCCCCAGGCAGGAGUGUCCUCCGCUGGGGGGUUGGUGUGUGGUGUGAGCCCCCCUAUUCCACUGCGCCAAGGAGCUCCUCUACCUGGGCCCCCUAACUGUCAGAACUCCUACCCCCCAGGUCCAUCACUGGGCCUCCGACACAACUACCCCUGCCUGGGACAGCAGCAGCAGCAACACCAACACCAGCAGCAGCAACAGCAGGCUCACGUCAAGCCUGAGCACAGGGGCCACUACGCUCCAGGGACACUACCUGAGUCCCCCCCAGACUCCAGCUCAGAGCCGUACUCUCCUCAGCAGGUGAAUGAUCCUCACAUGAUCAGGACCAUGACACCAGAGAACAUGUGUCACAUGACUCCAACACCACCCCUCCCACCACACGGGCACUAUCCCAGCAUGCAUCGGGACAUGUACCUGAAGCCUGAGCCCAUGAUAUCACAGUAUCCUAUUGGGCCGGCCACAAGCAGUAGUGGAGACAUGCAGCAGACACAGAUGCUCCAUCAGCUGCUGCAGCAUCCACAGGGGCAGGACAGCAUUCCUGUUCACCAGGCCAAGAAGAGGAAGCACUCUGACUCUCCCAACAGCACCCUCAAUACCCAAAUCCUCACAGGUAUCAUCAAACAAGAACCAGGUUUAAUGCAGGAUGCCGACAACACCUACCUGGACCCAAACUAUCAGUGCAUUAAGUGGCAACCUCACCAGCAGAACAAGUGGACACCACUAUAUGACGCAAACUGCAAAGAGCUUCCGAUGCCGACCUACCGUGUUGAUGCUGACAAGGGCUUCAACUUCUCCUUGGCCGAUGAUGCUUUUGUAUGCCAAAAGAAGAACCAUUUCCAGGUCACAGUAUACGUAGGCAUGCUGGGAGACCCCAAGUACAUCAAAACAAGUGAAGGCCUGCAGCCCAUCGACUGCUUCUAUCUCAAACUCAACGGAGUAAAGGUGGAGGCCAUGAAUCAGUCUAUCAGUGUGGAGCAGUCACAGUCUGACCGCAGCAAGAGACCCUUUAAGCCAGUGCUGGUCACCCUGCCUUCAGAGCAGGUCACAAAGGUCACAGUGGGGCGGCUCCACUUCAGCGAGACCACGGCAAAUAACAUGAGGAAGAAGGGCAAACCAAACCCUGACCAGAGGUAUUUCAUGCUGGUGGUGGCGCUGCAUGCUCAGUCCCACAGUCAGAGCUACACUGUGGCUGCUCAAGUGUCUGAGAGGAUCAUCGUCAGGGUAACGUCUGGCCAUGCAUCCAACCCAGGCCAGUUUGAAAGUGACAACGAGGUGCUGUGGCAGCGUGGCCAACUGUCAGACUCAGUCUACCACCACGGAAGAGUCGGCAUCAACACCGACCGGCCGGACGAGGCCCUUGUUGUCCAUGGCAACCUGAAGGUCAUGGGCUCCUUGGUACACCCAUCUGACAUCAGGGCCAAAGAAAAUGUCCAGGAGGUCGACACCACAGACAAUUUGAAACGGAUUUCUCAGAUGAGGCUGGUCCAUUAUCAAUACAAGCCUGAGUUUGCUGCCACCGUGGGCAUAGAGAACACUGCAGAGACUGGAGUGAUCGCUCAAGAGGUCCAGCAAAUCUUGCCUGAAGCAGUGAAGGAGGGGGGCGAUGUGGUGUGCGCCAAUGGAGAAACAAUUCCCAACCUUUUAGUCGUCAACAAGGACCGUAUCUUCAUGGAGAACGUGGGAGCAGUGAAGGAACUGUGUAAGCUGACAGAUAACCUGGAGACUCGUAUAGACGAACUGGAGCGCUGGAGCCGAAAACUGGCCAAGCUGCGCCGUCUUGACAGCAUGAAGAGCACCGUGAGUGGAGGCACUGUCAGCCAAUCAGGGAGUUAUUUUAGCAGAACAGGAAGCGGACCACUCAAGAGGAAGACAGUCAAACCUGGGAGCAAGAAUUCGCUACCAGAUCAAGGCUGCAUCAGCCAGAGGUUCAUGCAGGGAACCAUCCUGGCACUGGUCAUUGUCAUGGCCUUCAGCGUAAUUUCCAUGUCCGUCCUUUAUGUGUUGACUCUUCACCAUAGAGGAGGCGUCACAGAAAAAGAUGGCUAUGUUCCUUCCUGUGUUCUCUACAUCUCUUGGAUGCCCAUCUUCACUGCCACUGUAACUUUCUGUCCACCUGUCUGCCCAUGGUCCAGAGCUGCACUGGGAUCGUCGCGCAUGAGUCCAUAUACUCCACCGUCCACCACCCCUGCACCAGCUUGCUGUUCAACUGCAGCCAUAAACAACCAAUCAGCUACAGUUCUGACACUGAGUAACAACCAGUCUACACCAGAUUUAGGCAGCCUGGGUCCCACACCAGGCACUAUUAAUAAGAAGGCCAAGUCCAGACCAAUGGACAAGGAUGGCCGCAAUAGAAACCGUCUGAGUCACACCUCAGCACCUUUGUACUUUGCCAAGUCCAAAAAGCCAACGCCUACAGACCUGGACGGCACGGGAGCUACCAACCGUCUGCCCGGGGGACAGCAGCCAGUGUCACGCAGACAACGCAGCCUUCACACAAAGGGAGGAAGGUCAGCUCUCUCUCUGAUUAGUCUACAUAUCGUGGAGACAAACCAAGAGAUCACAGCACAAAGUUGCGCAACACCCGAGAGCUGCAGCUACACAGUAUCACUCCAUGGAAAGAGAAAUUCCUCACAAAUCACUUUGCACAUGACGUCCAUGAACAGCGUGUGGGUACGACAGUGUGGAGCCACCAAGGGACGUUUAUGCCCCAACCACACAGAAACAGAGCUCUAUGGUGGACAGAGUACAUCAACAAAGGGGACUCAUCAUCUGUGGUCAGUGCCUGUGCUGUCUUUCCAGGACAUCACCUAUCACUUCCGGGUCUCCCUGUCUAGUGAAGUGCGUUGUGCCACUGAAGGAGAAACCUCAUCAUACUCUGACUACCAUUUUCUCAUUCAAAGCAGCUGUGUGUGAGGAGGAAGACGAUGUAUCCCAGUGCCUUUUCAAUAUACCACAUUUUUCCUUUGUGGUUCCAUUUGUACACUGUUGUGAUCGGAUAAGGUUUCGUCUCAUUAUUGUACAUUAUUUUUUAAAGAUAUUCAUACAGAACAAACUAUAUACCACUGUCCCCACUGUAAUCCCCUCCAUAUGUAUAUGCAUUAAGACAUCUCUUUUUGCUGUGAUCACUGGAGUUUGAAAAACUGUUUAAAUUUUUUUGUCUGUCACUGAAAAUGUUUUAGUUCACUGUAACUGACAACUGCGUCGUGUCAUUGUUAACUGCUAUUGUGUAAGUAACGUCCAAGAGUUUAUAGCUCACUUAAUUACUGAUCACUAUGUCUUCCCUACUUUAUAUAAGCCACAACUACUUGUUAGCAGAAUUCAAGUUUCUUAAUGAAGUCCAGGCUAAGAUACUGUAGAUGACACUAUGUAUAUUUGUGUUCAUUUUUUUUUUUUAAUACGAUGAAUCUGUAUGUACAAUGAAACCAGUGCCAACUGAAAACAAAAACACUUUUCAUUAGUUUUAUACACUGGAGAGAAGAUCAUUGGCUUCUGCUGAAGGCCUCAGUGAAUGGUUGCAACUAGCACUGAAAAUAUACCUCAGUAGUGCACAUGGCAAAUCCUGGGUCUCUACAGUGGAGCAUUGUGUUUGAGGCUGCUGCAGUCAACUAGACUGCCUGCUGUCUCCGCAAGCAGCAUCUGAUUAAAUACUGUACAGAGCAGGAAAAUACUGCACAGUAUUUCUAUCUCUAUUGUGACACUGAAUGAAACAUCAUAUUGUUACAUGACAUGUUUAUACACAUGCAUUCUAUUACACAGAAAUCCUUAUUAUCAUUCCUUAAAUGAUGCCAUACAUUUAAAGAUCACUGAGCGAUUUCACUUCAGCAGAUUCACUGGAUGACAUGCGAUAAGACUGGAUAAGUAAACAAAUCACUGGAAAUGAACAUGUAGAAACACUGACAGCUCUUAGCAUCUAAUAGUGGAAAUGCAACAAGUCCAACACUGACAAUAGAAACACUGGAAUAGCUUACACUGUAUUUUGCAAACUGGAUGCUGAAUGCUGGUAUGGCAAUAAAUGGCAUAUAUCAUUUCAGGUGCAUGCCCAAUCAUUUCUCUAAAAUGAUACAUCUCAGCUCAGAGGCAACUCAAAUGCUGCUUCAUCUUUGGAAAUUCCAUUUUAAUGGCUCCAUCAUGUAGCUGAGAAGGAAUUGCAUUUAUUUACGCACACUCUAGAGAUAAAAAUGGACAUUAUACACUGGACUCUUUCAUGUAUUUCUCUGGAUGUUUUAAAUAUUUUUCCUGUGCCUAUACAAUUAAGAAUAUGCAGUGAUAACACUUUUAAUACAACUGAAUUGUACAACGUGUUCUUUUCUAUUAUCCUUUCUUCUUUUGAAGGCAUUCUCCACUUACUCUCACCACCAUGCUUUUGUUGAAAUUAGUUUUUAAAUGCAUAUUCCAUAUGUGUCUGUGUUCAGAAAGAAAAAAACAAAUAGUGUAUCUCAAAUGUAAAAUCAAUAUUAAAUAGGAAAAACAGCCAUCAGACAAAAGUUUAUGGAAUUUAUCAUAAUAUGAAGACACUGUACAGUGCUUUCAGUAUAAUUAUUAUGACUUCAGUGGGUAUAGUGUACUAUUUUAGCUUAUUUAUAAUGCACCAGCUAGCAUAAUAAAAAAAAAAACACUGUAGCACUUUUUGCACUGUACAUAUGAACCGCUUUCGCUCUAUUCAGCGCACCAGACUGUUUUCAUACACUCUGGUAGAACUGCAUUACAUGUAACUGUAUACCUUCAUUUUGUUACUACCAAUGCUCCUUUUUAUCUGUGUUUUAUCAUAUUGUUUUUAUAGUUGAUAAUUUUUGGUUGUUGUAUCAACUUUUAGUGUGUAUUAACUUUUAGCUAACGGAGCCCAGAAAUGAUCGAUAAGUAUGUAAACACACACACAAAUACAUUUCUAAUUUUAGCACUAUUAGUUAAGAGAAAAUGCCGUAACACUAAAACUCGUUGAGUACUUUAAUAUCACUACUUUGUCUUUUUAGCCGAUUUUAUCAUUACAUUUUCAAAGCGUUUCGUCAAAAAUAUGCUGUAAUACUAUGAAUGCAUGUAGUAAAUAAAUUUGUGAUUGAA